AUGUUCAGCAAGCACUAUGAGACAAGGCUGCUGCAGCAAUGCAGCCCCUUGAGCAAGAAACAAUGCUUAAGAUUCCCAGCAGAACACACAAAUGGAGACAGAUUUACACCUUGUCGAGCUGGAAACAACUGGCAGACGGCAUUCCAAGCAAUACACAGGGGCACAGAAAAUCAGCCAACAAAGAAAGCCAGAGGAGAUGGCGGCGGCGACAGUGCAACCGGGGCACGAGACCAACAUGCUUACAACUGUCUCCUACAAAACGAACUCCUCGGUGCUCAAAUAGAAGAAGUUAGAGGACCCUCAGCAUCAUGUGCCGAAGGGAACAAAGCCAGUUUGGGGACAGCCCAGACCCCAAAGUCGUCGCAAGCGUAUCUGCCAGUCUACAGGUUUAAUGCGCAGAGUCACAAUGCUGUGGAAAACAUCGAUCCAUCACCUUACAGUUUAUCCCCAAUAUCGGCAAAGUCAGAGAAACUGCUCCGGUCUCCAAGGAAAGCGACUAGAAAGAUAUCGAGGAUUCCGUUCAAGGUGCUGGAUGCUCCUGAGCUGCAGGACGACUUCUACCUGAACCUGGUGGACUGGUCUGCGCAGAAUGUGCUCAGUGUGGGCCUUGGGAGCUGUGUCUAUUUAUGGAGCGCUUGUACUAGUCAGGUGACGCGGCUCUGUGAUCUCUCGUCUGAGGGUAACGCCGUGACAUCAGUCGCGUGGAGUGAGAGAGGACAUUUGGUUGCAGUUGGGACGCAGAAAGGACACAUCAGCGUGUGGGAUGUUGCUGUUAAUAAAGAGGUCACAAAACUUCAAGGGCACAUUGCUCGGGUGGGCGCUCUGGCGUGGAACGGAGACAUUCUCAGUUCCGGGUCCAGGGACAGGCACAUACGGCAGAGAGAUACGAGAACACCACCGGUGCAAGCAUCCCGUAUCCUGCAAGGACAUAGACAGGAGGUUUGUGGUCUAAAAUGGUCACCAGACGGCCAAUCAUUAGCUUCCGGGGGCAACGACAACAAACUUUUCGUCUGGUCUAUGCACUCCACGUCCCCGGUACAAACGUACUCGGCGCACGUGGCGGCAGUGAAGGCGAUCGCCUGGUCGCCACACCAGCACGGCCUGCUCGCGUCCGGCGGCGGCACGGCCGACCGAUGCAUACGGUUCUGGAACACUCUCACCUCGCAGCCCAUGCAGUGUGUCGAUACAGGAUCCCAAGUAUGCAACCUUGCAUGGUCGAAGCACUCCAGCGAGCUGGUGUCCACGCACGGCUACUCUCAGAACCAGAUAUUAGUAUGGAAGUAUCCGUCGUUGACGCAGGUGGCGAAACUAACAGGUCACUCAUACCGCGUCCUGUACUUAGCACUAUCACCCGACGGCGAGGCGAUAGUCACCGGCGCUGGCGACGAGACGCUGCGGUUUUGGAACGUUUUCUCCAAGACACCCUCACAUAAGGAGAACAAGAGCGUUCUCAACCUAUACACAGCACUUAGAUAA